UAAAUCAUGGGCCUUGCCAGAUGUCCACAACGCAAAGUAUCAACUUUAUUUUGUUUUAAACAUCAUGUUAAUGUUUGUGAAUCAUGUCUUGUUAAUGAACAUUCACAAUGUAUUGUACGUUCUUAUAUAUCAUGGUUACAAGAUAAUGAUUAUAAUCCAAAUUGCACUUUAUGUCAACGUUCAUUAAGUGACACAGGUGAAGAAACGAUACGGCUUAUUUGUUAUGAUUUAUUUCAUUGGUCAUGUCUUGAUGAAUAUUUUCGUUCGUUACCAUCACAUACAGCACCUGACGGUUAUACAUGUCCAACAUGUCAUACAUGUAUUUUUCCAUCAUCAAAUCUUGUUUCACCUGUUGCUGAUCGUCUUAAAGAAAAAUUAGCUACUGUUAAUUGGGCAACACGAUUACCUGUUUUAUCCUCUAAUGAAUCAAUUAUACAACAAGAAAAACAACAAUCAUUAACUGAAACAGAAAACAAUGGAUAUGUUAUUGUUAAUUCAACUAUAAGUGGAAAUAGUAUACAAGGAGGAGCAAGUGGAUUAUCACAUCUUCCAAAUCGAACAACUGAUACAACACAACAAUCAACAAUGUUAACAAUGAAAGUAUGUUUAUUUAACUGUUUUAUAAGAUAAAAUAAAAAUGUUAAUAAUCAAAAACAAACGUAACUUUCUAUUUUUAGAUUAAAAAGUCAUUUGUUAAUUUGUACCUCGAACGAAAAACAAAUCUAUUUCUCGAUUGUCUUUUUUGUAAUAAGAAAACAAAAUUUUUUUUUAUUCUGAAAGACAAGCUGUUGCAUAUCAAUGCCAUAAAUUAUACAAAAAGUUAUUUUCUAUAGUUUAAAGUAGCAAUGAAUGCUUGUAACUAGAGAGUAGCCGUAUUUAUAAGCUAGAUAUUUUUCUUAGUACAGACAAUGCACUGUAUUUUUGUAAUUGAUAUGAAAAAUAAUAAAAUUUCCAUGAGUACUUUGUAUUUAAUCAGAAGUUAUUCAUCAAAAAGUUGUCUUCUGGUUUUUGGCGGCUAGGUUUUCCUUUUCAAGAAAGUAAAAAGAUGAUCUUAAGGAUUUCGUGAAGAUUGAGAAACAAAUUACAACUAAGAGCGACUUUAAACCAUACCUAGACAAUGAUGAACUAUACGUAU